AUGCGUGGCCUCACAGAGUGUGGUGAUCCGAGCUUGACGGAGGACCUUGUCAAGGAAUUGUUCCAAAGCUCCCGAAAAUCCUGGGAGAGUUCAUUAAUAGAACUUGGCCAAAGCUGCCGAGAGGCAGUCCUCGCUUCGGAAAGAGUCCAAGGAAGCCCAAACGUGAGCAGGCCUGUGGAUGCAGAGAUGUGCGGAUGGCCUGCGAUUCAUGACAGUGAGCAUGAACUGGCACUGGCGAUUCAAGCCCUCCAGCACACCAUUUCGAGUUCCAGCAUGCCCAGCGACAUCUUCGAGAAGCACGCUUCCUCUUUGCUAGCAUCCUCGGUGGAACAGGUGGAGAAGAGAACUGCAGACCCCUCUGACGGGCUACAGUUUCAUGAACGCUUUUUGGCGUCCUUCCAAGCGGAGGGCGACACUUAUCAUGAGUCCGCUCUAUCUGGACUGGAAGGCCACGCGAAAAUGUUGGGAAGUAUCCUUGCUUCGGAGCUUCCCCAGCAGCUGAAGCGUGCUUGUAGCAAGCAGCUCCGUGCACCUAUCCAGCACAACUGCGAGACUUUGUCUGAGGCUGUCGUACAAGCUCUCUUGGAGGCAGCCAAUGCUUUGGCGAGCAGCCGUGCCACGGAGGCUUCGCAGCGCCUCCGGACGCCUCCUGCGCUGGAUGCAGGCCAACUAGCCAAGGCGGUGCAGCAGGCAGUGCAGCCGCCAGAGAGCCUGAAGGCAGAGACGUCAGGCAUGCCAAACCUGACGGACUCAGUUGGGAGGUUGCGUGGGCGCCUGUCGCAGUUGGAAGCCUCGCUUCAGGAGCUUGAAGAGGAGGUGCAUGAAACAAAAAGAGCUCUGCGAGUCCCUGCCCCUGCUGUUGCGCAGCUGCAAGGACAGUUUCCUGCUACGUUGCAGUAG